AUGCCCAGGACACUGCCCUGGCUUCAUGCCGAUAAGACCAUCCCUGCGAAAAAAGAGUCAAAACCGCGGAAACGCGUGAAAACGGAAACCAGUCUUGAUCGCGACCUCACUCCCAAAAACACUCGAGUUUCUCCCCCAAGACGCGAUUUCUUCAGGUCCUCCCAAAGCCCGCCGACCUCCCCUAUCAGACGCUGUCCAUCCGAAGAAUUUUUGAUUGAAGGAAUUCAACACGAUGAUGGCUGGGUCAUGGUCGAAGACGAGUUCUACGCUGUCGCGCAAACAUUUACUCAACAUCUGCAUCAUGCGGAGUACCUGCGACGGAGAAAGGAAGUGAAAGCCGAAAAUGCAGCCAGAAUGAGGGAAAUUGAGAGGCCUACAGACAGCCGUACCCCAGUUCCAAAUGAAUUUCAACGGAAAAGGGAAGCCGAGGCGCUGAGGGAGCGACAAAAAGCUGGACUCGCGCAGAUAGGUGACGGGGGAGUCGACGAGAAAGACGAAGAUGAAGAUGAUGAGAGAUGGGCUGGAACACAUCUUCACGAUCUCAUGACGAGCCCACGAAAAACACGAUCCUUAGCGGGAGUCCGCGGGCCUAAGUCCUCUACCAGAGCUGCUGCGGGCUUACAGGCGCCUACUUCAGGUACUGGACGAGCCCGGGUGUACAGUAUCGGGGGGGUGUCUGCAUCAUCAUCAAGAGCACCAGGGGUUCCAAGCAUUGAAUUAGAUGAAGAAACGGCCUCGGAUUCGGAUGGCGAUGACGGUGACGAUCUUGACUUAGAAACCCAGCCAGUCGUGCUGCCACCGGCCAAAAGAACAAAUGCCACUCCACGAAAAAGCCAAGUUGAGGAUCAAACAACCCCACGAGCCCGGCAGCAACUUAACUUACAAAGUACAUCUACGUCGAAAUCGAAAAUGAAGCUGGCACAUGAGCGACCCAGUCCAGCGAACGCGUAUAAAUCGCGGGUUCAGUCUCUUUUUGAUGACCUUGAUGAGCUACCAGAGUCAUCUCGGAUGAAAAAGUCUAUUUCUAAUAAUUCUUGGGGACCUCCUGCAAAACAACUGCCUGUGACAGGUGGCGAGAACAAUUUAGAUCCAAAAAAGUCCCGGCACAAUGAAGUGCCCACCUUCUUGUUGUGA